CUGCGAUGAAACAAAUAUUAAUGUAAACGGCUAUCCAAUUUAUCGUCGCAGAAACUUGGACCGUACUGUGGAAAUAAAAGGAGUAAAACUAGAUAAUCGGUGGGUAGUCCCGUACAAUCCAUACAUGUCGCGAAAGUACAAUGCUCACAUUAAUGUUGAAAUAUGCUCAUCAAUCCAGAGCAUAAAAUAUAUUUUUAAAUAUAUUUACAAAGGCCAUGAUGCCGCCAUUGUUCAAAUGAAUGAAGCAACGGGCUCUGGAACUUAUCAUUGGGAUGAGGUCAAGAUUUAUUUAGACACGCGUUAUAUAGCAGCGCCGGAAGCUAUGUGGAGGUUAAAAAAAUACGAAAUGUCCGGAAGGUCCCACUCUGUUGAGCGAUUACCUGUUCACCUCCCGCUUGAGCAAAUGGUAUAUUUUGAAGAGGGCGCUGAGCGUCGUGAUUUGGAAGCUGCUGCCAAAAAGGGGACCAAAUUAACGCGAUGGUUCCAGUUAAAUGCAAACGACGUAAAUGCACGGAAGUACUUAUACUGUGAUAUACCCUACCACUAUGUUUGGAGAUCCAACCAUUGGCAGCCCCGGAAACUAGGUGGAGAUAAAGUAGUUGCCAGGAUGUACUUUGUAAAUUUAAAGGAUAUGGAAAAAUACUGCCUUCGGCUUUUGUUGCUUCAUGUUCGAGGCGCCACAUCCUAUGAAGAUUUACGAACUGUGAACGGAAAACUUCACGAUACAUAUCAGGAAGCUGCUAAAGCUAUUAACCUUUUAGACGAUGAUGAAGAGUGGGACAAAGCCAUGGACGAAGCUGAACUUUUUCGAAUGCCACGAGAAUUGCGUCUACUUUUUGCGACAAUAUUAAUCCAGGUUCAUCCGAGCACCUCUUCGGAAUUGUACUUAAAAUACAAGACGUCGUUAAUGGAGGAUUACCUACAGAACCACAGUGAGUAUAUGGCAGAGCAACAGGCGCUGAGAGAUAUUCAAGAGCAUUUGAUGCAAUUUGGAAAAUCGUGCAAAGACUAUGGACUUCCAGUUCCAAAAGACGGCUAUCACAUUUUGGAAGAAGUUGACGCUGUACACGAGCAACAAGAAGCUGAUCGAUUGGUUACAAUGAUGAACGACAAUGCAGAGCAAUUGCUUGCUUACAAAACUAUCAUGGAUUCUGUAAACGGCAUCUCAGAAAACAAAUGCUUUUAUCUAUCUGGAGCAGGAGGAUGUGGAAAAACGUUUGUAUAUAAAGCAUUAACAUCAACAAUCCUUGGAAAUGGAGGAACGGUCAAAUCUGUAGCUCCAACAGGUUUAGCUGCAACGUUGCUCAAAGGUGGAAAAACCGUCCAUUCUGGCUUUGGCAUCCCCAUCAAUCUUGAUGAAACAACUACAUCGCGUUUUAAACAAGGCACAAACUCAUGGAGGGAACUCAAAAAUACAAAGCUAAUUAUAUGGGACGAAAUAUCAAUGUGUCAUGCUCAUCUUUUGAACGCUGUUGAUAGAAGCCUACGAUUUCUGAUGAACUGCGAUGAUCCGUUUGGCGGAAUUGUUAUAGUGGUCGGGGGGGAUUUUCGCCAACAGGCACCUGUUGUUCCGCAUGGAACUCGGGUCCAGAUUGUGGAAGCAUGCGUGAAAAGCAGCCCGGUUUGGAAACAUUUCAAGGAGCUUAAACUGUUACAAAAUAUGCGACUAAACCAAGGCAAUGCAGUAUUUGGAGAAUGGCUCUUAUCAGUUGGAGGUGGAGUUGAUGCUGCAGCAAAACACUGUGAUUUUGUUCAGCUAAGCAGUGAUAUAAUUACUGACGAUAUUGUCAAAUCUGUUUACGGAGAAAAUAUCAAUACGUUGUCCUCAGAUCGUCUUGCGUCAAUGGCUAUUCUAUGCCCAAAAAAUGCGGACACGCUAUUAAUUAACGAAAAAGUUUUGGCCAUGUUGAAUGGCGAGCAAAAAUCAUAUUACAGCAUUGAUAAGGUCGCCGAAUGCGAAAGUGAGGAGGAGGAGGCUCAGUAUCCGGUUGAAUUUUUGCACUCACUGACACCUAUGGGAUUUCCGCCACACUGCUUGAAUCUUAAGCAAGGAUGUUGCGUCACAUUGUUACGAAAUUUAAAUCCAAAGCAUGGCCUUUGUAACGGGACGAGACUGAUUGUGGAAUCACUUGGAAAUAAUAUUAUAGAGUGCAGCAUAUUUUCUGGACAUCGUAAAGGACAGAAAGUUCUAAUUCCGCGAAUACUAAUUGACUCAUCAAACACGGACCUUCCAUUUAAAUUUAGUAGAAAGCAGUUUCCUCUUCGUCUUGCUUACUCGAUUACUAUAACAAAAUCGCAAGGGCAAACGUUUGAAAGGAUUGGUGUGUACCUUCCUCAACCUGUUUUUACACACGGACAAUUGUACACAGCAUUUUCGCGUGUCAAAAGUCGGGAUGGCCUAUUUGUGCAAAUUGUUGACGGGAAUAGCCAAGGAAAAAUUUACGAAGAAGACGACGCCGUUUAUACAUAUAACUGUAUUUACCGAGAAAUUCUUUAAUGCCUACAUAUAUACGUUUGCGUACCCAGUAAUGUAAAACUUGGAUGGCAAAUGUGCUGUCAUUGUUUAAAAAGUAUUUAAACAAUGGUGCUGUUUUUCUUUCAUGGUUAAUUCUACGUAAUAUUUUUACUCGAUCUGAGUGAGUCGUUGUCUGUAAAAUGCUUAGUCCGCGGUUUAGUUUUACUUUUAAAAGAGUCGUGAAUACAUUAAUUUCAGGUGCAUUUUAAGUUCAUUUCACAUUUGUGUUACGUGAGUGAAGGAUACAGGACAAGUUUAACUUUGAAAUCGAAGUUUUAAUUUAAGUUAGUCAGUGAUAAUCAAUACGUUCCUACUUUUUUGUGAUACUGAUUAAUUUUAGAAAAGUCAAAAAAUGGCGCAACCAAGUGGUACUCAAGAAAGACGGUCAGGGGGAUUUUCUGCGGCGCACUCGCAUAAUUUGCCAGUACUGACGGACAGAUUCGAUCGAUUUUGUACUAAUUGUAACGCGGUUAUUGAUUGUUUCGCGUUGGAAAAGUACCCCAACCAAAAAUGUCGUGUUUGUCAAAUAGAAAUAGAAUUCCUUGAUAAAUCCGAUGGAUUGUAUCGUAGAUGUGUACGCUGUUCUGUAUUUUUGAGGUGUAAGUUAAUAUCCGAGUUGGUAAAAUUUAAACACUUAAAUGUGAAUUUACUAUUUUAUAUAUAUUUGUGUGUGCCUCUGUGAUUUUUACAGGUACUGCUAAGUUCUGUUACCUAUGUGGCCGUCCAAACCAACAUUUUGAUCCAGAGAAACCAGCGCGAUUGGAUACUGCGUUAAAAUCAAAAUUACGAGCUGAAAUCCUCAAUGAAAUUGAAAUUGAGAAGCUUUCACAGUCCUGUGUAAAUGAUGGGGAAUUCGAUGGAAAUAAUUUUGAAAACCCUGAAAAUCCAAAUUCUGAGCCUUCAACUCAAACGGAAACUGAUGCCGCUAAAAAUUAGAGUUUAACUAGCUUCAAAUUUUUAAAUAAACUGAGUUUUAAAAUUAUAAAUUUAUAAUAAAUUAAUUUCGAUUACCUACCUGUUAUUUAAAAUUGAGUUUCCAAGGAAGCUUAACAUAUGAUUCAUUGCAACUUCUCUGCACGCUCAACUUUGACGUAAGUAAAAAUCACUCAUCACUGUAAUAAACUUAAUUUGAUUCAAGAGUCGCAUUUUAACAACACCAAAAGAGUGAUACUUGAAAAGCUCUGAUUUGCCGCUUUCUGAGUUUUCGAUGGUAGUGUAUAGUUGUGAAUGCACUUUCAAGUAGAUGAUGAAUUUGUUUCAAUUGUAUUGAGUGGGCGAUGAACUACAUAUUAUAAUGCUAGCUAUUAACAAAGUUUUAAUUUUAACAUGCAAAUAUAGGACUGCAAGGCGUCAGCUUGCAUA